CCUUGCAAAUUUCAAACACAACACGACAAACCACUCCCAGAACCCCCUCACUCUCCACUGAAAUCAGUAAAUGCUUAACCACUAACCUUAAAUUUAAAAUAGGGUUUCUUCGUUUCUUCAUUGCAAAAGAAUCGAAUGGCCGAGUCACCGUUGCAACUCAUCUCCGAAAUCGGUACCGAACUAGUUCAACUUACUCGCUUCAACAAGAGCGUAUUUCUCAAAUUGCUCAAACAAGCUGUCAGUGUUUUGUCAGAAAUUGAACAGCCUGUAACACUGGAAGCUUCCAAAAAGCAAAAGGCUCUAAAGGAGCUAGAAAUUGCCACAAAGCCUCUGAGGAAAUCUAUCCUUAAGCAUGGCCUGAUUCGAAAAAAUGAUAAAGAAGUUAGACUCUUUGUGGUCAUAUGUGUCAGUGAAAUUUUUCGGAUCUUGGCACCUGAACCACCCUUUGAAGAUAAAUAUCUUAGGGGAUUUUUUGAAGUUGUUGUUGGAACUUUUAAGGAGCUGGGUGAUACUGCGUGCCCCUUUUUUUCGAGGAGGGUUAAAAUAUUAGAGACUGUUGCUCGAUGUAAAUGUUUUGUGAUAAUGCUGGAUAUUGACUGCAGUGAUUUAGUUCUGGAAAUGUUUAACAACUUUUUCUCAAUUGUGAGUGAACAUCAUCAACCAUGUUUGGUUAAUGAUAUCUUGUCUAUAAUGAUGCAUAUUUUGAAUGAGGAACCUUCUCUGCCGCUUCUGGAAGUAGUUUUGCAAAAUCUUGUAAAGCAGGAAAAGGGUGCACCUUCUGCUGCUUCACAGCUUGCUGUUUCUGUCAUUCAAUGUUGUGCAGAAAAACUGCAGCCCUUUGUUUGUGGGUUCUUAACAUCUUGUUUUCUGGACAGAGAUGCCACAUGGAGUGAACUCAGAGAAUUGUAUCAUGAAAUUAUGUUUAAAAUUUUUCAAUGUGCUCCUCAGAUGCUUGUUGCUGUCAUCCCAAACUUGAUUCAAGAAUUAUCUAUUGAUCAGGUUGAUGUCCGGAUAAAAGCGCUUAAUUUAAUUGGAAAACUCUUUGCCCUACCAAAAAAUGGUGUUGCAGAAAGACAUCGUGACCUUUUUGUAGAGUUCUUGAAAAGGUUCUCUGACAAAUCUCCUGAAGUUAGGAUAAGAGCUCUGCAAUGUGCUAAAGCCUACUACUUGGCCAAUCCAUUUGGGGCAGAAUCUCAUGAAGUUCUCACUGCCCUUGAAAGUCGACUGUUAGACUUUGAUGACAGAGUGAGAACAGAGGCAGUGAUUGUUGCUUGUGAUCUUGCCAAGUCUAACCUGAAAUUUCCACCUGACCUAAUAUUUAAUGCUACUGAGAGACUUCGGGAUAAGAAGAUAGCUGUUAGAAAAAAGGUCUUGCAAAAGUUGCUGGAAGUAUAUCGAGAUUAUUGCAGAAAGUGUUAUGAAGGCCGCAUGACAAUUUGUGAUCAUUAUGAAGAAAUUCCAUGUAAAAUCCUGAUGCUUUGCUAUGAUAAAGAUUGCAAGGAGUUCAGGUCCCAAAACAUUGAGCGAGUUCUUCUGGAGGAUUUAUUUCCCGUUCUUGAAAUUGAGGAGAGGACAAGGCACUGGGUUCAUUUAUUUUCUCUUUUUGAGCCACUUCACAUGAAGGCAUUGAACUCUAUUUUAUCUCAGAAACAGAGGUUACGAACUGAAAUGCGAUGUUAUUUGUCUUUACGAAAGAAAGAGAAGGAGAAAUCUCCAGAAGAAACACAGAAGAGAAUUAACAGUUUAUUUAUGAAAAUGUCGGCUUCCUUUAUGGAUCCUUCUAAAGCAGAAGAGUGCUUUCAGAGGUUAAACAAGUUGAAAGAUAAUAACAUUUUCAAUGCUCUGGAUGAAUUAUUGGAUGAACUGACAAUUGAAAAUGCCAAGACUGCUAGAGAUAAACUUCUAAAAUUGAUAGGAGAUAAACAUCCGGAUUUUGAAUUUUUGCAACUGCUCUCCUCAAGAUGCUUGUAUAUUUUUGAUUCGGAUCAUGUUCACUGUAUUGUGGAUGGUCUUUCCAGCAACAGAUUCAGAGAUAAUCAGUUGGAGGCUGCUCUUAAUCUUCUUCUGGCUAUUGUCAGUGUGUUUCCUUUGCUUCUGAGAGGUUCAGAAGAGAAGUUCCAAAAGUUGCUAAAAGGGAAUGACAUGAUUAAUGAUAAGCUGAUUGAAGUCUUGGCAAAAGCCGGCCCUCAUAUUUCUGUCAAAUUUAGUGACAUUUACCCUUUGUUGGAGGGGUUGUGUCUUGAGGGAACUCGUGCUCAGUCCAAAUCUGCUGUUUCUGCAAUUGCUUCAUUAAGUGGCACUUCUGGGCAACUUAUUUUCACAAACUUAUGCAAGAGACUUGUGGAGUCUCUACAUAGGGGGCAGAAAAUUCCAACUGUCUUGCAAUCAUUGGGUUGCAUUGCACAAUAUUCUUUCUCAACUUUUGAAACUCAAGAAGAAGACAUCACACCAUACAUAUAUAAAAACAUUAUUCAAGUGGAACUCUUAGAUGAUCUAGCUUUAUUCAAUGAGACUUGCCAGUCUGAUGCUUCUUGUGAUUUGAAGAUUUUUGGGCUCAAAACCCUUGUCAAGAGUUUUUUGCCACAUCGAGGAUCUCAUGUCAAAAGGAAGAUUGAUGAAUUGCUACAUGUUUUGUCAAAGAUGCUCCUAAGGGCUGACACUUCUGAUGCUCUCCUUUUAUGUGAAAGUUUAAGAUUAGCUGCUGCAAAAUCUGUCCUCCGGCUUUCAAGAAGAUGGGACUUGCAUAUUUCGCCAGAGAUUUUCUCUUCUACAAUUUCAGUGGUCAAGGACCUGUCUGCAUCUGCUUGCAAAUCAUUUCUUCAUAAAACGUACAAGUGGCUAAAGGCACAUCUUCUACCCAGUAGAUAUGCAUGUGCUUUUGCAUUUGCCAGCUCUGAUUGUCCGAAGGAUAUGCAAGAUGAUGUUUCCAAUUAUAUGGACAAAUUCAUCAAUCAAUACAUUAGAGAAGCUCGAAUUCGCCAGAAUUCUGCAGUGCAAGGGGUAUCAAUUACUGAUUACCCAGCAUAUGUAGUGGUAUUCUUGAUCCAUGUUCUUGCACACGAUAAGAACUUCUUACUUGAAGACUUUCAAGAUGAAGGGAAGAUUGCUAAGUUUUUUUGUCCACUUUUUUCAAUACUGAAGGCAUUAGUCAAUGCUAGUAUUGUUGACGGUGACACGGAUCUUGUUAAAGAUGCUAUCUUAUAUUUGCUUUGUAUCUUUCGUGCUAUUAAAAAAGCCGAGGAUGCUGUUGAUGCUCAGAAAACUCCUAAUUUGCACAUUCUAGCGGACAUUGGAAUCUCCAUUGUGAAUGAAUUAAAUCAUAAUGGCAUGCCUUCCUCACGUGCCCCUGGACUGAUUCUUUUGCCGUCAUCAUUAUAUCAAAUUAGUGUUGCUAGGAAGAGUGAAGAGGCUAGUUUAAAACAUAUUUCUCAGCGCAGUUCCGGACAAAGUUUUGUUGAGCGAGUAGUUCAUAUUUUCAAAUCUCAUUUUUCUCUGACUUUGAGGAAUCAUUUUCCUAAACGUAGUCAAAGGCGUCAAGUAGGUAGCAGAAAGCCAGCUAUCACUCACAGCGAAUUGGACAUGGUGGUGGGCAAGCAACAUGAUUUGCCAACAUGUGCAAUGGAGCCUAAAAACAAAUAUGUUGAGAAGGAAACCAGUACAAGAUGUAAACAGAAAGUGGCUCAUUCCUUUACUGCACAUGUAACGAGUGGAUUGCUCAAUAAGUGUUUUACUGCAGAGGAGCGCAAAAAUGAUGCAAUUAAAAGUUCUGCAUCAUUUCUGGAGAAAGGGCUACUUUCUUCCUGCGAUUCUGUAGCUAUGGAAAGUAUUACUGAAUCACAAGUUUUAUCUCAGAAUAAUGAAAAAAGUGCUGAUUCUUUGAAAGAGAAUAUUGCGCUGGUUAGUAGUUUUACUGCUGAACCUUCAAAAUACUCCACGGCCAAGUUCAAGGAUCCUUGCAGUUCAAAGACCACAUAUGAUGGUUGGGAGGUUAACUUAUUAUGCUUGGACAGUGAGGACUGUGUGACUAAUGGUGGUGACUCCUUGUCAGAAAGGGACGCUUUGUUGGAAGAGGAUUCAAAUACCAUUCAUUUACGGCAUGGGUGAGUUCUUAAUAAUCUCUCACUUGAAUUUUACAGGCAUGUUAAUGGGAUGGGAUCUCAGUAACCCUUUUCUGUCACAUAAUGGGAUGGGAAUCUCUCUCUCUCUCUCUCUCUAUAUAUAUAUAUAUAUAUAUGCAAGUGCGUGUGUGUAUAUAUAUGUGUAUUAUUCUUGUAAUUUCUGUCAUAUUUAUCUCUUCCUCCCAGUUAAAAGGAGAGAUUUUUCAUUUUUUUUUAAUUUUCCCUGUAAGUUCUAUUUUGUCAUAACUCGCCAUUCUCAUAGUUAUGUUAAUUUACCAUCUCUUCCCCUGUGCCCAAGUAAGCACCAAAUAGUUCUUGCUGCUUUUUGUAAUAAUAAUCUCUCAGUUUUAGAGAAUCCUUCCUCUUUAACCACAUUGGAAACUUUGAACAUAUAUGACCUGAGAUUAUUACCUAAGGACAUUAGUUUGAUCUUUGUGGGUUUGCAUUACUAGGAACCUUACACCUUCAUCAUUAAAGGCAUUUUUAUCAUUUUUAUGUAUCAUUCAUUGUACUUGGUUGUCUAUAAGCUCAGGUAUAUCAGUUCCAGUGAUUGUGUGUCACAUUCAUCUCUCAGUAAUCUGAACAAAUCGGUUGAUACAUUUGGGGAUGCUGCUGCCCAAGAGCAAAAAACUUCAUCAAAACGAGAGUGUGGAAAGUUUUCUAGCAGAACAGUCACUUUGGCUGCAAAGGGAAAGAGGGGACGAAAAAAUUUGGAGGAGAUGUCGGUCUCAGAAGUCAUCCUUUUAAAUGACGAUGCUGGUCUCAGAAGAAGUCGGAGACAGAAAACUAAAGCAGCUGCCGUAUAAUAUAGUUUUCCUUCUGUCAAGAAAACUACCUCUGGUUAUUGGGAAACAGAAAAAUUGUUUUAAGUUAGGAUUAUAACUAGCUGAGAAGUCAAGUUUGUUGACUCUUGGCUGUCGUCGGAGUAGAUAGGUUCCACAAAUCCCGCCUAUAUUUUUUCUUUUCUUUUUUUCUUUUUCAGCUUCUGUAAAUCCUUUCUCUAAAUUUACUUCUUGUACAGUCACUUCAUGUUUUCAUUUGUAGAAGGGAACAUUGUAUCUGGGCAACAUUGAUUAUUAUUAAGUUUCCACUUUCUCAUUGGAGUUAUUAUAUAGCAUGUUGGAAUC